AUGCCGGCUCGAAAAUCAGACCAGCCUCGCAAAAGCGAUGUCCUCGUCCCCGACGACAGCACCCUGGCCACCGGCCCAGCAGAUGAAUCACAAGGAGCCGCUUCCGUACCAGAAAAGACCCCCAAGGACAAGGACAAAGAGAAGGACACCACCACAAUCGAAGUACGCUCACUCUCCUCCGCCAAAUGGAAGCAAAGCAAGGGGGGUGGAAGCAGGGAAAUCACCGUUCAAACCGCUAAAGUAAUACAGGACCUCACGCUGCCCAAGUCAAUAAUCACUAGACUCGCAAAGGGCGUAUUACCACCCAACACGCAGAUCCAGGCCAAUGCCAUCCUAGCCAUGAGCAAGAGCGCCACCGUAUUCAUCAGCUACCUCGCUUCACAUGCCAACGAAAACACAGUGAAUGCGGGUAAAAAGACCGUCGCACCCGCAGAUGUCUUCAAGGCGCUGGACGACGUCGAGUUUUCCUUCUUGAAGGGGCCUCUCGAGGCCGAAUUUGCCAGGUUCAGCCAGAUCCAGACGGAGAAACGCACAAAUUACCGCCAGAAAGCGCGUGCCAAGCACGACGGCACCGGGGGCGACGACACGGAGAUGGCGGACACGACGACGGCCGCGGAUGCGACGGCGGCUUCGGGGACGGCGGGCGGUGCGCCGCGCGCGAAGAAGGCGCGCGUUGAUCCUGGGGAGGUGGGUGAUGAUGGUGAUGAGGAGGAGGAUGCUGAGACGGAGGAGGAGGCAGAAGUCCAUGAGGAGGACGAUGACGACGACGACGAGCAGGUAGAUGAGGAGGAGGAGGGGGAGGGGGAGGAAGGAGCGGAAGACGCGAAUGGGAGCGGCGGAGAGACGCAGGACGUGUUGGAAGAGAGGACUGUAAGUGAAGACAGGGACGAGGCGUUGGACGGAGACGAGAGCGAUUAA